AUGGAUAUAGCUGUAGAAUUGCAUGUAAAGAAAUGUCGAGGAUGUUUACUAGUGUCAUCUCCGGAUCCACCCGAACCAAUGAUCAGGAAGGAUUUACCAAAUGGGCCCUGGGAGGACAUAGCUAUUGAUUUCCUUGGGCGCCUACCGAACGGAGAAUCACUGCUUGUGGUAGUCGACUAUUACAGUCGAUACGUCGAAAUUUGUGAAAUGGAUUCUACAACUGCGAAAGAUACUACGGCCCAAUUAGGAAAAAUCUUCUGUCGUUUCGGGGUACCUAUCACUAUGCGCGCUGACAACGGCCCACAAUUCAGUGCGGCAUGCGAGGAGCUAAAAAAUUUCUGUAUUGAGUUGGAAGUAAAGCUGAUCAACACAAUACCAUAUUGGCCACAACAAAACGGCGAGGUUGAACGACAGAACCGCUCUAUCCUGAAACGAAUGAGAAUUGCACAAGAAUUGGGUCAAGAUUGGAGACAAAUAUUGAAUAAAUAUAUUCUUUCAUAUCAUGCCACGCCUCAUCCGACAACGGGCCGGUCUCCAACGUAG